AACAAAGCGUAAAAAUACAUCGUUUUGUACAGAAUUUCAUAGAAAGCGACUUUUCCUUCGAGUAUCCUCAAAUGUCAAGUAGAAGCGAAGAGUCGUCCGUGCCAGAACUGCCUGUCGAGUCUGCUGGCAGUUCGGUAUCUACUUCACUGCAGAAGGAAUACGAACAGUUGUUAAGAUACGCUGUCGUAACGCCAAAGGUUACAGUACCUAAAACGCAGCCGAAACGUACGAAUUUCAAAGAACACGAGUUCACUACAACUGGGACAAGCAGCGAGUCAUAUGAGCUGGACACACGAGAUUUAGAGAAAGAAGUUACAGUCUUACCUAGUACUCCACCAGUGGCCAGAGUAAACGGACAAUAUUCCAAUAAAAUGAAGUCGAAAACUGAAGAAACCUCUCCUGAACCAAAAGAGAGUGACCAAUCAUACAGCUCAAGUGAAGCAAGCACUCCAAAUGGCAGCAUGGUCAGUACUUCAGAGAAUUCUCCUGUCGUUGAUGCAGAUCUUGUGAGGAUGGAAUCACAAUUGGACUCCUGGUGCAAGGAUAUGAAAUCAAAUAUUUUGGCAGAGUUUAUGCAAUGUAAGAUGGCCCUUCAAGGACGUCACAAACAAGAUCUUCUUAUGAAACAACAAAGGCAUGCGACUGAACUGAACAAGAAGCAAAACGAGUUGGAGAGCUUGAAAGAACUGCUGUACACUUACGAGAAGACGAUAGAACACAAAGACAACAUAAUUGCAAACAUGACUAAAGCUAUUCAAAAACAGAAAGACAGAUUUUACCUACUUCGAAGAUUUAACACUUGGAAAAUCAAACAUGUCGACGAGAAGAAGGAGGCAUUCGGGACAAACCUUGCGAAGAAGCACCAUAAUCACGUGAUUAAGGGUAAAAUCUGGAGUGCUUGGCGUUCAAUCGUCGAAACGCGAUGGAAACAAAAAGUGGAGAAAGCCUGCCAGUCAAAAGCACAAGAUGUAUGUUUAAAGUUAACCAACGAUUACGAGGCAAAACUAUUUGAGGCAAACAAAGCGCUUGAUUCCGCGAGACUGGAAGUAAACCGACUUCGCGCUGAGGAAAUCUAUGAAGAGACAAUGAAGAAAGCCUUUAUGAGGGGAGUCUGUGCUUUAAAUCUGGAAGCAAUGCACAUGUUUCGAGAGCCCGAGGAUGAGGAUGCACCUGGAGAGUCAUGUAACAAUCAACAAAGGAAUCCUUGUGCAUUGAUUGGUUCAGGAAAUGAAAUGAUCCCGCGAACUCAGCCUCCCAAGUCAACAACCUCAACCGUAACACAGGCCCAUGCAGGCAAUACUUCAUGCGCUCCGCAUACCAACAUGGCAAAUACCAUAUUUACCGCUGGACAACAGGGUCGCACAAUCAAUGUCAAAGCUGUCGGUCGGGCUGAUUUCAAGAGAGAUUUGAAGGCUGCAAUUCCCGGCUCAGGUCCUCCCGGGGCUAAUAGCGUCAGUUCGGUAUUAGUGCAAAGACAUUCUGGUGCCGAUGCUAUCUCGUCGAAAACGAUACGCCAUCCACAGUCGUCUCAGAAUACCACUGCGAAGACAACACGAUCGAAAUCUGGCGGAACGUCUGCUGUAAGAAUCGAUCCCACUCCCCCCGUCAAAGUGGUACAUUAGCCAAUCGGUUAUUCUCAUUUAUACUACAUAAACCGAGGUUUUAUGACAUGUUCCCUCUAACUAUGAGGAGAUUUCACAAACGUUUUUGACCGACACGUUUAUCCGUGAACGAGUAGUGAUGUUUUGGAAACUCUUCCUUGAGGAAUUUUGUUUCAGUUAUUAUCAAGACGCGUGUAGCGAUGUGGCGGUCAUUCAAAGAAAACCCUUACCAUUGUCUACAUUGAAUGUUGUUCAGAUGCUGCUUACAGGAAGUACUAUGCUGAUUAGCGUGAGUGCGUAAGGCACGUAAAUCUUGACUUUUCUGAUGAAGUGCGCAUGCGCAAUUACAUGCAACUCGAUAAUUAUGCCUCUGUAUGACACUCGGAAAGUAUAAAUCAAUAUUACGUAUACAUUUGUUAUGACGAUGACGGGCUCUCAUAACAAUAAACUUCAUCAACAAA